AUGUUGUCCCUACACCCGCCGCCGCCAACUGAGCAUAUCGACGUACUCGAGAUGAACGAGGCAUUUGAAGAAAUCGACGGAUCUUUCCAGUUCACAGGCACUCUCGUAGUGUACAACACUCACAAUGGCUUGCACCACGCACGUUCGAUCCCUCGCCACUCAUCCCUCUUGGAGAUCAAACUCGAACAUCUCAUCAAUUUUAUCCCCAUUCCCAUCUCCGCCUACACCCCUCUGUUCCCGUCCGGUUUUACACGUGCACCAGAUCUCCCGCCACAGAAGUGCUACAUCAAAAAGCCUAAACUUAUAUCCUACGAUCGAAUCCGCCAAGGAUCCCAACCAAAUGAUAUCGCAGAGUCCGUUCUCCUCGAAGCCACAGUCUGCGAGCUUCUCAAGCAGCAUCCGCACCCCAACAUUGCCCCCUACCUUGGCUGCCAGGUUACCGAUGGGAGAAUAACUGGUCUCUGUUUUCCGCGAUAUAACUGCACUCUGAUGGAAGAAAGAAGCAAGGACUACAGUGGGGUGUUGGCCGUGGUUGAGAGUGGUAUCAAGCACCUUCAUGUUUUGGGAUUUGUGCACAACGAUAUCAACCCAAGCAAUAUAAUGCUAGACGGUGACAAGGCGGUGAUCAUUGAUUUUGAGUCCUGUAGGCGGGCGGGAGAGAGCCUGGAAGACUGUGGUCGUACUUACGAGUGGUACGAUGAGGAAGUCAAUACCUCUUUGCCUCAGAACGACCUCGACGCUUUGGAGGAGAUUCGGAUAUGGUUGGGUGUUAGUUCUAAGCCAUUCCAGUUUGCCGAAUAA